GGGGAAAGCUAGACCUGCAGAGUGAAGAAAGUUGGUAAUAGAUGUCUGACAAACUAAAGAAAGACUUGUGCUGUCACAAUUCAGACAGCCUGGAAUACCAAGAUUCAUCUUUUUCACUAAUCGUGGCAUUCACAUAUACUGCAUGAUAAAUACAGGAACUUGAAUGGAUUUAGAGGUUAAAGGAGUUGCUGCCACUUCUAGGAGCCAAAUUCAGCCAUUCUUUGGAAGAAAGAAGCCUCUACAACAAAGGUGGACUUCUGAAUCAUGGACAAACCAGAAUUCUUGCCCACCAGUGGUCCCACGACUUGAUUUGGGAAGCCUUGUUGACUCUGAUGAUGAGGAUAAUUUUUCAUAUAUUCCACUUAGUACAGCAAACCUGCCAAAUUCAUCUUCUACUCUGGGCUGGAUCACACCAUGUCAAACUCCAUAUACUCAGUACCAUCUAAAUAAAUUGGAUCAGAACAUAAUACCUGAAAAUUUGCCAGCACCAACAGACAAAUAUAAACUAAAAUAUAAGCAAUGUAUAACUGAAAUGAAAGAGGGCUAUAAGCAGUAUAGUCAGAGAAAUGCAGAAAAUACAAAAUCAAAUGUUACACAUAAACAGUCUCCAAGAAACAAGAUAGAUGAAAAGUGUGUGCAAGAUGAAGAAGCCAACACAGAUGACCUUACAACUCUGGAUAGGAAAGCCCUCUUACAGCAAGGUUAUGCAGACAACCCUUGCGAUAAACAACAGAGGGCAAGAAAAUUGGAUGCAGAAAUUGUGGCUGCAGAGAAGAAGAAACAGAUUGUUGCAGAGCAAGUGAUGAUAGACCACUUGUCUAGGGCUGUAAUCAGUGAUCCAGAACAAAAUUUAGCCAUUGAGCAAAAAGAAAGUGAUCAUAUCCUUCCAGAUUCAAAGAUGACACCUCUUCGAUUUAGAAAAAGAACACUACAUGAAACAAAGAUAAGAACUCAUUCUACAUUAACUGAAAAUGUGCUUUCUCAUAAAUUACAAUUUGAUGGUAGGAUCAUAUCACGUAAUGGACGUGAUGCUUGCAGAGAGCUGAUUGGGUUCUUUUUCACUCAUGACCAAUCCCUUUCAAUUUAUGAAUAUCGACAAUUUGGGAAAAAUAGAACAAAUGUGCUUCCUUUUAUUCAAAAAAGCAUUUAUAGUCAUCAAUAUGGACGAAGAAAAGGAAAACAAUACCAACUGGGUGAUUUUUAUGUUGGUGCAACCCUGACAUUUUUGAGUUCUGAUCAUCUCAGCCUUCCAGAAAGCAUCAAAGAAAACACAUUGCUUAAACUCCGAAUCACAAAUAUUGAUCAAAUAGCUUUGGAUUCUCUCAAAACUGCUUCUAUGGAACAGGAGGAUGAUAUAAUCAUUCAAGAAACAAAUGAUAGGCUGGUCUUCAAGGCAAUUCAAGAUGUGCUAAAAGAAAAACUACAUAAAAGAGGUGUUCGUAUUUUGACUGGAUUGGGAAAAUACUUUCAACAGUUGGACAAGGAAGGAAAUGGACUUUUAGAUAAGGCAGAUUUUAAGCAAGCUCUAAAAGUGUUUCACUUAGAAGUGUCUGAAAAGGAUUUUGAGUCUGCUUGGCUAAUUCUGAAUGACAACGGCAAUGGCAAGGUUGAUUAUGGAGAAUUCAAACGUGGUAUUAUUGGUGAAAUGAAUGAAUAUAGGAAAUCAUAUGUUCGAAAGGCCUUUAUGAAACUGGAUUUCAACAAAACUGGCAGUGUGCCUAUUAUAAACAUAAGAAAAUGUUAUUGUGCAAAGAAGCAUUCUCAAGUAAUUUCAGGCCAUUCAACAGAGGAAGAAAUCAAAUCAUCCUUUCUAGAAACAUUAAAAGUUGCCUGCAGCAAGUCUGAUGAAGUGUCGUAUGGUGAAUUUGAAGAUUACUAUGAAGGUUUAAGUAUAGGAAUAGUAGAUGAUGAAGAUUUUGUUAACAUCUUACGUACUCCAUGGGGGAUUUAGUCUUUAAUAAUACAUAUGUCAUCAGCACUAAGCAUUUUAUUGGAGAGAUGAUUUCAAUUUAAAGGAUGAUCAAACACUGGAAUAUAUUUUCCUAGGACUUCCUUUAUUCUGGUUUUUUGUUUGUUUGUUUUUUUCUCAAAAAUGUUGAAUCUGGAAAGAGAGCUAUCCAGAAAGAUAGAUGUAGGAGUGUGUGAGUGUUUGUGCAUGUGUAUGCCUGCUAACAUGUCCAUACAUUUGUGAAGAUGUCUUUUUGGUUUAUUACUUAUCUUGCGUAUAUUUUAGAGGUCAUUUUUUAUUAACUUCAAUAGGAAAGUUACAUCUGCAUCAAACAAUAUGGCAGCAUCUAUUUAUUAACCAAGCUUCUUGUCUUUUCACAUUGUUUUUUGCUAUCUCUUCCUCAGAAUAUAUUUGCCACCAUUGUCAAUUUGAUAAAUUAGAAUUGGGCCCAAAGCCAGUGAAAUAAUUCAACGUGUGUUUAACACAUGAAAAUGUUAAAGGAUAUGCAAAGAGAAAUUUUUCAAGCAGUGUGAUUAUAGAUGUUUUCUGUAUAUAGAAUAUUUCAAGUGAUGGAGGUUUACCCCUGUGAUGCUCAUUUAAAUACUGACUUGUCUUAUAAAUCUGUCUUCUAAAUUAUGUACUGUUGUUGGUUAAAUAGAGCACAAUGUAAUUAUUCUAAUGACCAGUUGUAUUUGUUCUUUUAUUCUGUUUUUUAAGUGCAAUCCCUUUUACCAGCAUACAAUUGCUAUUGAGCAAUAUGAAAGGGAAAUGUUCUCUAUUAAGAUGAAUACAUUAUCUUAUUAAAGAAAGAUCCUAAAAGUAUAUUGUUGCAUAUAUGAAUCUAAGGAAUAGUUCAGUAAUUAUUGCCUAAAAUGUGAAAGCAUAUUUUGUAUCCUAAAAUGAAUGUAUGAUAUUCUAAACAUCUCUUUUAGUAUAACAAACAAUUGUAACAUUUCCUUCUAAAUAUAUGUUAUUUAAUAGUUACAUGUAUUAUAAUCAUUCUUUCCAAAUUCUUUGCUAGUCAUUUCUUCCUGGGAAUACAGAGAAAAGAGACAACUUUAUGAGUUGUUCUCAACUUCAUAAUUUUAAAUUUUCUAUGUUAAUAUAACAUAAAUUAGAAAAAAUAAGUGAUUCAAAAUGAAAAUAUUUACUUUGUAGAAUAUGACUUUAGACAUACCACUGUAUCCAUCUAUACUUGGCAGCAACAUGAGAAGUGUGAUACAUGUGAACCCAACAAAUUCAAAGUUGCACUUUUCAAGAUUUGAGAAGGUACUAAAACUUAGUACUAAAAUAUGAGAGGGAAAAUAUGUGUAAACCUCUUAGUGCUAUUUUCACUGGCUAAAUUCUUUAUUUCUUGAUUUUUUAAAAAAUUAGGUUAUUAAAACAAUACGCUAGAAGACAUUUGGGCAGAAAUAAGUCUAUAAGACUAUUUUUGUCACAUAUCUUUUUCUUGGAAAAAUUUAUCCAACUAUAGACAUCUUAAGCCCUACAAACUGUUCUUGUUAAAAAUGACUAAUACUGGGGGUGCUCAAUAUGCAUAGAGUGUUUUUCAUUGAUAAUUUUUAUUUAGUUCUUAAGAAACCUAUUCUUAAUGUUGGCAUGUCAUAUUUUUCUGUUACUAUAAUCAGAAAAUGUAUAGUCUUUUAUACU